AUGUCAGGGGAGAGCGUCAUCGCCACGGCAGCACCAGCGGAGCCCUGGAAAGGGGCCGACGAUGCAGCGACCGGCUCCCAUGCCGCCCGGCCGAGGCUGGAUAGCCCGAAGCCCCAGCAGAGCGGCAGGGCUGAAUUCAUACCCCAGGCUUUUGGAAUGCCUUUAUCACAAGUAAUAGCAAAUGAUCGGGUAUACAAACUGAAGCAAGAUAUUCAUAGAGAAGAGCAGAGAGAUGUUUCAGAAUUUGUAACAUCACUUUUACCUUUUGGGAAUAAAAGACAGAACAAAGAACUCUCAAGCAGUAAUUCAUCUCUUAGUUCCACCUCGGAAACACCAAAUGAAUCUACUUCACCCAAUACACCUGAACCAGCCCCCAGGGCACGGAGAAGAGGUGCAAUGUCAGUGGAUUCUAUUACCGAUCUUGAUGAUAGUCAGUCUCGAUUACUAGAAGCUCUACAGUUAUCCUUGCCUGCUGAAGCACAGAACAAGAAAGAAAAAUCCAGGGACAAAAAGCUAAGCCUCAAUCCUAUUUACAGGCAAGUUCCUCGGCUUAUAGAUAGCUGCUGUCAGCAUUUAGAAAAACAUGGUCUCCAGACAGUAGGCAUAUUCCGAGUUGGGAGCUCAAAAAAAAGGGUAAGACAGUUACGUGAAGAGUUUGACCGUGGUGUGGAUGUAGUAUUGGAUGAAGAACAAAGCAUUCAUGAUGUAGCAGCUUUAUUAAAGGAAUUCCUUCGUGAUAUGCCUGAUCCACUCCUGACCAGAGAGCUUUACACUCCUUUUAUCAGCGCACUCUUAAUGGACCCUCAUGAACAACUGAACACUCUACAACUUCUAAUUUAUGUUCUACCUCCCUGCAACUGUGACACCUUACAUCGACUCCUUCAGUUCCUAGCUACUGUAGCCAGCCAUGCAGAAGACAGAAAAGAUGAAGAUAGCCAGGAAAUCCCUGGGAACAAAAUGACAUCACUCAACCUAGCCACCAUAUUUGGACCUAAUCUAUUGCACAAGCAGAAGACAACAGACAAAGAAUUUAUUGUUCAAAGCACAGCACGUGCUGAGGAGAGUGCUGCCAUUAUUGCUGUUGUACAGAAGUUGAUAGAAAACUAUGAAAUGCUCUUUAUGGUCCCAGCCGACCUUCAAAAUGAAGUUCUAAUUAGUCUGCUUGAGACUGAUCCAGAUGUUGUAGACUAUUUGCUGAGAAGGAAAGCUUCCCAGUCAUUAAGCCCUGAAAUGCUUCAGUCUGAAGGGUCAUUCUCCAUAGAAGGUAGACAUUCAUCCAUAGACUCAAACAGAACCUCAAGUGGCGAUAUAUCACCAUAUGACAACAACUCUCCAGUGCUAUCUGAAAGAUCUGUUUUGGCAAUGCAAGAAGAUAUGUCCCUCACUUCUGAUAAGUUACAUAAAGUACCAGAACAGAGCACAUUAGAUGUGUCAGAGGACUGUUUCCACAUCUGGGGCACCUGGCAUUCAACUCUGAAAAGUGGUUCCAAAGGGCUGGGAAUGAUAGAGUCAUAUAGAGACAUCUAUGAGAGCAGCUCCUUGCGGCCAGGACAGUGCUCCCUUUCUCAAGGGAGCCUGUCAUUGUCUUCUCCUCAGUGGCGGGAAAGCAAUACAGAGCUAGAUAAUGAAAAACAAGUCAUCCAAAGGAGUCAGACAACAGCUGCCCUUUCUGGUUGCCGUUUGCAUCCCCCUCUGUCUCAAGUCUACAGCACCCCAGAGAUUGAAGUAGGUAGGAAGAAUUCCAGCCUGUCCAGUUCAAAACAUCAUUCACCUAUAAGAUAUACAGAGAACUUGAUGGAACAUGAUUCAGAUGCAACUUGCCUGCAUGCUGCAUUUAAGCCAUCACCUCUAAGGCAAGCUGAAGUAAUUCGAAAAAACAGACCACCACCUCCUUAUCCUGAAACAGCAAAACAAAGCAACUUAUCAUCCCUCCAGCCAGCAGUAUCUUCUACAGGGUAUCCAUUGUGGAAGCUUCAGAAGACAGACUUAUCUGGGGCCCAGGGAAUGAGGAUCAUCACUCAGGUGCCUGAACAACCUACCCAGCAUGAGGAGCAACAGAACCAAAAUGAAAGAAAGUACUCCUUUCCAGAUAGUGAGCAGAACAGUAAAAAUUUGUCAGAGACAGACUGGCAUGGUUGGCAAAGCGAUCGAUGGCAAAUUUGGGAGAUUUUAUCACCUGACAAUCCAGAUGUGCUCCCUGAAACAUUAGUAUGAGUGGAGAAAUCAGCAGGUCUUUUCGAAAUAGGGAAAACUGGUAAUGGUGGACGGGAUUUAUACUGAAUUAUUUUUUAAAGUUUUAAUAAAAUUAAAUUUAUUAAAAGAAUUUUAAUAGCAGUGUAAAAUUUAGUAACACAUUUUUGGGGUUUUGUAGAAGGAAAUUUGAGAUGGCAAUUUCAGUCCAAACUACUCUGUGAAAUAUAAGCUGUGUAUACAAUAAAAAUGACCCAGGUUUUGUUAAGAUACAUUUAUGUAUCUGCAGCUCAAAUAAUUGUAUAUUAUGCCGAUGUUUUCUGCGCAAUAGCAUUGUAUUUAUAUGCAGAAAAAUAAUCUUGAAUGCUUUUUUGAAAAUAUAUUUUAAUCAUGCACUGCUAAUAUUAAUAUACAAUAUAUUGAUAUCAUUGGAAAUGCACAAACUGGCUUCUAUGCUUUUAAUUAAUCUGUUUGUGAAAGAUGUAUAUUUUCACUGACAAAUAAGGUGGAAUGAAAACAUUAAAAGCCAUAUAUUUUAUAGUAAGGAAGUUAAAGAGUAUCUAACAUACUAUUUGCUUGCAAAGAAAAUUUAAUGACCACAUAUUUUUACUCUUUUAGAAAGCAAUUCCAGUCACCUUUUCAUAAACAUGUCCAUGCGUACACCAUAUACAAAAAGAUCCCAAAGAUUCUUCUACCCAUUCCACAUUAGGCUUGUAAAAUUUUGACAUGGAUGAGAAAGUACAGGAGAGGGUGUUUAUAAAGUUUUGUUAAAACUGUUUAUGUGACAGACCCUUUUGAAUUUUCAAUAUUUCUUUAUAAAUAUGAACUAAAAUGUGAUCUGCUCUCCCCAUAAGUCCUAAAACUAGAUAAAAAGAACCCAAUUAAAUAAAUGAGCCAAAAUCCCUAACUUUUAUAUAUUAAGGAAAAUUAUCUAAAGCUACUUAUCCAAAGCUACAAAAACUAAGUGAACCUUUGCUUUUCAGUAACUGGUAUGCCCCUGUUGGAGAACAAUAACAACAACUAAACGUUUCCAAUAACUGUUGAUCCUGCACAUUAGCUUGGAGGAAUUCUAGCUCAUUCCUUCUUAGAGAAUACCUUUAGUUCAAGAAUGGUAAGCUUCUUUGCAUAAAUAGUCCUUUCAGGUUUUUCCACAAGCCUUCCAUAGGAUUACAGUCAGGAAUUUGAUUUAAUCAUUCCAAACUAACUUUCUUCUUUAACCAUUCUUUGGUUGUACAACUUGAGUAUUUGGGAUCAUUGUCUUGAUGCACGACCCACUUUUUUCUGAGUUUCAGUUCAUGGACAGUAUACUGAUAUUUUCCUGAAGAAUGUGCUGGAACAAUUCAGAAUUCCAUCCAUGAUGGUAAACUAUCUUGGUUCAGAGGUACAAAGGAGGCUCAAACCAUGAUACUGCCACUACCAUGAUUCACAGAUAAAUUUCUUAUCGAUAUAUAAAUAAAAAUGUAAAUGUUCGUUUGUUCAAAAUCUUAAAUCUCCGAAAGUUCUUCACUGAUUGCUUUGAAAUUUUGACACAACGUUGCAUUCGAAUACGCGCGUGUUUUUAUAUACCUACUAUUAUAUAGAUGUCACACCUGUGACAGAUAAAAACAUUUAACCUGUCUGAGCCACAGCAACGCAUGGCCGGGUAGAGCUAGUGUUACAAUAUAAUAUUUGCCAAACAUAAUGCUUUUCAAUCAAGCCCAAAAGUUUUAUGUUGGUCUCACUUUCCAUAAAAUAUUCUUUCAAUAGACUUCUGGCUUAUAUAUGUGGUCUUUUGCAAAUUGUAGAUGAGGUGAGCAGCAAUGUCAGCUUUAUUUUUUAUAUAUCUCCUUUGUAUGAACUAUGACAACUUUCUACAUACCCAGAAUCCUGUUCUUUAAAUAAGGCAGGACCUUCCAUACUCACACUUGAUUAUCAUCCCAUGGAUUGAAACACCUGACUGAUAAUCCUAGAGGUUCAUAUACUGUACAUGUUUUAAAUCAUUUUCCAAUA